CCGCCCACAGGAGCCCUGCACAUCCCAGCAGACCCCGUGACCACUGAGCUACCAGGACCCAGGGCACAGAGCAGGCGCAGGAGAGGGCGCCAGAGUCAGAGCAGGAGCUCCCUGCUCUCGAGGCCCUGUUGCCCGUUGGUCCCUGAGCGCCUCCUCCUGGCUUCCUGGUGGCGACGGCGCCAUGCUAUGGGUGCUUGUGCUGCCCCUGCUGGGCCUGGGCCUGGCCUUGGACCAUCUCUCUCUGAUUUUGGCUCUCAGCCUGGCGCCCCGGGCCCUGGGGCACCGCCAGUCUCAGUACAGGAAGGUCAAGUUGAAGUCUGUCUGUGCUUCCAGCCUUUCCUGUCCCGUAUUACCAGAGCCAUCCUUCCUCCACGCACACCUGCUGGCUCAGGUCCCUGCCAAACAACGCACCCAGCCCAUGGCAGGCCACCUACGGCUCUCUCACUCGCUGAGCCGCCUGCCUCAGACCUCCGGCAGCCGGAUGCGCAGGCCAGGCAGGAUCCAAACAGCCAGCAUCAAGGGGACCCCCGUGGUCCAAAGCACCUGUCAUCCAGGGCUUGUACUCUUCUAUCCUGUGGACUCAGAUCAUGACCACUCCAAGAAGCCUAGUGUGUCCGAUCAGAGGAAGCCCCCUUGUGCCAUCAAGCAGGUGAAAAUACACGGGAGCACAAACCUGACUCCCUUGAAGUUGACAAAGGAAACAGAACCUACAAUCUAUGGUAAAAUUCACUCAGACUGCCCUAAUAUAACCAAGAGAGAGUACAAAGGAUGGUAUAUCUAUUAUUUGCCAUAUGUACGGUUUGUAAUUGGCUGGAAAAAAUAUUUUAGACACUCAAUAUUCAAAAAUAGGUACAACACAUCUAACAUUUACAUUCUCAAGAAUUUUUUACCUGUGAUUUUGGAUGAAAGCACAUCAAAAGAUCCAGAAGUGGAUGAUCCCUUAGAGGGACUCCUCUUUCUUUGGUACUGCAUCACAAAUACAAAUAACUACCAGGGAGACAAAGGGAUGAGGAAAGGCCUUUGUUGCCUACAGCAGAUGGCUCUGCGGUGGAUAAGUGGCACUUGUUCUGUGCUGAAAGUUUUGUCAGGAACACUGGAAGGUGGUCGAGUUUACAUUUUCAGAAUGGAGGGAGAGAAAAGUGGCAGAUCAACAUUUAAUGAUAAAGGUAUACAUGUGCUCCGAGGAUCAAUAUCAAUCAUAUACAUGUCAUGUAUUGAAAAUUGUGAUAAUAUCUUGAUUAUAUCAGAGAGAUUUUCAUUGUUUAUGAAUUGCUCAAAUUGCCCAGAGAGCCCUCAUGUGUAUGAAUGGACCAUUCUGACUCAGAAUGGUAAUGAGAUACCAUUUGACUGGAAAGGGCUGACCACAACAGGAAGAAAUGGGGACUGUUUGACUAUAAAAGCCUUUGCCUUAUCAAAUUUUCUAGAAAAUCAGUAUUACAUUUCUGUACGACUAGUAACUUGCACUGGAACAGUUGAUACGUUGAAAUACUUGUUUAUUAUCAACCAUGCACCUAGAUGUGGAGAAUGCAAAAUUUAUCCAACUAAAGGCCUGGCACUUGAUACUAAAUUUGUUGUUCAGUGUAGUGAUUUUCAGGAUAAGAACAGACCUCUUAAAUACAAAGUAAUACUGCUGAACUCAUAUGACUCAGGUCACAGACAUACUUUAAGGGAAAACACCAUGGGUGUGAGUCCAUACUUUGGGACUCAGUCCACUACCUCUUUCUUUCUCCCUGUUGGCUUACUGGCAAAUCAUUACUCCUUGAAGAUCUAUGUUCAGGUAUAUGACUCUCUAGGAACCUUUACUCAGGUGACUUUGGCCAGCACUGUGUUGCCUCCCACUGACCAUCUCUCCCCAGAGACUGUGCUGCAGAAGUUACACAAUCUCACCAUGGGACCAGAUUCCACACUCUCUGAUUUGCUUAAAAAGAAGGAUUUCUUGGGUGCAGGCUACUUAAUUUAUAUUGGGGCUUCUGUCUUGAAUAGCAUGAGAUAUAACUCAAGUAUGCAAGAGGACAUGGCCCAACUUCGAGAACACCUGGUCAAUCAGACUUUCCAGCUUCCCUUAAACACUUUGGAGGAGAUCACCCAAGUAGUUGCAGCUCUUGCUAAGUUAACACAGAGGGUGUCUGCUAUCACAGAAAUGUCCCAGGGGCGGUCCACAGAGAGGCUCUCCCAAGCAAAUCAAGCCCUGCAAGAGUACCGGAAGAGAAACAAGCAGUUUCACUCUGAGCAGAUAGACACUGUGUGCACUGGCAUAUUCAGAAGUUUGUCCAAUCUCCUUAAGCUCUCUGCUCAUCAUAAAGCUUUUGAGGAACCUAUCUAUGUAUUAGACUCUCUAGCAGACACAGUCCUGGCUAGUGUCAUGCCAGAGAAUGAAACCAAGGUGCUGCAGAGCCCAGGUAUCACCAUGAAUGUCAGGAAGACUGGAGAGUGGAAUGCUGCCAACGUGAGUGUGCAGGGGGAGCACAGCCACAAUGAUCUCUAUGCUAAGGUGAAUAUCAGCAGUGUUCCUGGUCUGGCUGAGAAUGCUCCCAUGUCUACAACAUUCAUUGAGUUUACAGAAGACCCUUUUUCUUGGAUAGGUAAUCCAGAAAACAUUUCAACUGAUGUUGUGGGAUUCAGAAUGUCAGCAACUACAGCUAAGGGUGAAGAAUUGGAGAUCACACAGGAAAUAGCAGAAGUCUACCUGACCAGAAAAACAGUGAACUCUAAAGUGUUUAAUAUCACCAUGAGGCCAAGCACAGAGUACGACGUGGCUGGUGAGUCCUCCAAGACAGCCACAGGGGCCUUUAGGUUUGAAGUGGACUGCAGUGAGCAGAAGGAGGUGCUGCUGCAUAUCAUCACAGAAGUGACACUGCUGUUCAGGGUCUCUGUGUAUGCUGGUGACAAGGUCUCAGCAACUAAUCUUGUUGCCACCUAUUUGGUGCCCCGCGACAUCCCUCCCAUGGCCAACCACAGUGACUCGUUUGACCCAAACUGUACCAUGAAGGCAGCCCAAGUGGUUUGCCUGUCACCAUCCCUGCUACAGGUCAUAGCAGAGAGGCUGCAGUCAACAGACUGUGUGAUAGCUGUGGUUCUGCAGGCACCCCAGUUUGUUCAGAGCCCUAAUGACAAGCUGGUGAGGAUUUCUGUGUUCAGAGUUCAGUGCUUGGACAUGUAUGGGAUGCAGAGUGAGUGGAAUGAGCACAGCUGCACCGUUGGGGAGAAGACCAGUUGGCAGAGAGUGCACUGCGUCUGCAAAACCAAAGACACUGAGCAGCCAAAACGACCCCCUAUGUUGUCUAACCUCAGGCGGCACUCACACUACUUGGCAGCUAGGGACACUAGUGCCUUGAACCCUAUAGAACUCAACUUAGAGGUCAAGAACAUAGCAGGAAACCCUGUGACUCUGUAUGCCAUACUCUUUAUUAUGAUCACAUACAUAGGACUAGCUUUCUGGGCUCUGCACCGAGAUAAAACUGACCAGUUUCUUCGGCAACACGUGAUAAUCCUCCCUGAUAAUGACCCCUAUGACAAGACAUGCUACCUGCUUACUGUUUUCACAGGAAGCCGCUGUGACUCUGGGACCAGAGCCAAUGUCUUUGUCCAACUUCUGGGGACAGAAAGUACCAGCGAUGUGCAUUGCUUGAGCCACACCCAUUUUCCAAGUCUCUACCGAGGAAGCAUCAACACCUUCCUCAUAACAACCAAAAACGACUUGGGGGACAUCCACUCCAUUCGUGUGUGGCACAACAAUGAGGGCAACUCACCCAGUUGGUACUUGAGUAGAAUCAAAGUGGAAAAUCUCUUCAGCAGGAAAAUCUGGCUGUUCAUGUGCCGGCAGUGGCUUUCCAUUGACACCUCUUUGUACAGGACGUUUUAUGCUUCUCAGCCAGACCAGCCUGUGAGCAGACUUGACUUUUUUCUCAUAGACGUGACUUAUAAGAUGUGCAAAAGUCACAUGUGGUUCUCAGUUUUUGCUGCUGUCAUUGAGAAGCCAUUCAAUCGGCUGCAAAGACUGUCCUGUUGCUUGGCAGUGCUGCUCUCCUCUCUUCUGUGUAAUAUCAUGCUCUUAAAUUUCUAUCCCAGUGAGGAAAAGGAGCCACCACAGGAGGAAUACAUCAGGCCAAUGAUGCUAGGAAUGGGAAGUGUCUUAAUUACUCUGCCUGUACAGCUGAUCAUCACUGCUCUGUUCAUCUACUCCCAGAGGAGACCCCUAGUAUUGCUAGAAGAUGUAGCUCCUCAGAAGCAUCCUAGCACAACAGAGAGUAGUGACAACUGGGCAUUACUUUUGGUAAAGUGGCAUUACCAGGAAACAUGUAAGACUGAGAAGUUUCCAAUUAAGAGAACUCUUACAUAUCCCAACAGCUAUGACAUGGAUACUAAUCCACCAAGCACCGUCAAAGAAGUCAUCAACACUAACACUAAUGCCAACCCCGAUGCUCGUGCUGAGAAGCCCACCUCGCAGGCUACGUCUGGACAUGUUCAAACAAAGACCCGGUUUGUUCUUCCUCACUCUUUUGUUUACCUUGCCUGGUUCUUGGUUUUUGCCACUUGCAGCAUCUCCUCAUUCUUCAUUGUGUUGUAUGGGCUAACGUAUGACUACAAAAGGUCACUCAAAUGGCUCUUUGCAUCCUUUUCUUCAUUCAUUCAGUCAAUUUUCUUAGUGCAGCCAGCAAAAAUUAUCCUCUUAACAGGCUUGCAUACGGUAUGCAGAAAGUAUUGUGAAAGUCUCUCCUGGGUCAGUAGCUACCAGUACACAGAGAUCUUACUGGAAAACUUGAAUAUGGAACCAUGGGAAAAGUACAAGCUCCACCAACAUGUUGUCCAGCUAUAUGAAACUAAGAUGUAUAAGCGACCCACAGAAGAUGAAAUUAAAAUAUUUCAAAGGAAGAGGAGGGUCAAGAAAAGAGCAUUCCUGUUUCUCUGUUACAUCCUCACUCAUUUCAUCUUUCUUGCCCUUCUGCUCACCCUUGUCGCUAUCCUGCGUCACAAGGACACCUUUCACUAUAAUCAAUUUAUCUCAGACCAGUUCUCUGUGGACCUUGUAACAGUGACCAAGCUGGACGACAUCUACAGCUGGCUGGAUAAGGUGCCUCUGCCUUUGUUCCACAAUGAUGUGAAGCCAACAUUCCUCCCUGACAGCUCCUCCAAAAUCCUCGGGCUCCCACGGAUGAGGCAGGUCAGGGCGAAACCUGGUGGGAAAACAUGUCUGCCUGCAAAACACUUUGGCAAAAGCAGAAUAGCUGGGGAAAUCCACUGUCACCCUCAAUAUGGCAGUGACCCAGAAGACACAAGAAACUACUCUGCUUCUUGGGAUACAGUUGCUAGUCAAGCCCCCGAGGAGACUGACAGUGGCUUUACCUACAAGCCUACACAAAGGAGCUGGGCAUACAGGUCCUAUGGACUCUCACAUACCUAUGGAUCAGGAGGGUACACAUUCCAGUUUUUCCCAGAAGAGCAGCAGUUUAAUUCAACUUUGAGGAUCAAGGACCUCCAGAGCAGCCACUGGCUUGAUGAGAAGACAUGGGCUGUGAUCUUGGAACUAACAACCUUUAAUGCAGACAGCAGUCUCUUCUGUAGUCUCUCAGUCAUUUUUGAGGUUUCCCAGGUGGGAGUGGUAAACACGAGCCUGUCUGUACACUCCUUCUCACUUGCUGAUUUCAACAGGGACACUUCCUCAGAAAUCUACUUGUAUGUGGCCAUUCUCCUCUUUCUCCUAGCCUACAUUAUUGAUGAGGUCUAUGUCAUUUCUCAGGAAAGGGCCCUGUAUGUGAGGAGUGUGUACAAUCUUGUCAACUUUGUUUUCAAAAGUCUAUUUCUGGUGCUGGCUGUGCUCUUUAUCAGGAAGCAUGCCUUGGCCAUGGGGGUGAUCCAGUUUUACUUGUCCAGUCCUGUAGCCUUUCUCCCCUUCCAUGCAGUUUCUCAGGUAGAUCAUGUCUUGAGGAUAAUUCUGGGAUUCUUGCUAUUUUUGACAAUUUUAAAGACCCUCAGGUACUCUAGAAUCUUCUAUGAUGUUCGGCUUGCUCAGAGGUCUAUCCAGACAGCCCUCCCUGGCAUCUGUCACAUGGCAUUUGUGGUGUCUGUGUAUUUCUUUGUAUACAUGGCCUUUGGUUACCUGGUAUUUGGCCAGCAUGAAUGGAACUAUAGUCACUUGAUCUAUUCCACUCAGACAAUAUUCUCCUAUUGUGUCUCAGCUUUUCAGAACACUGAAUUUUCCAAUAAUAAGGUUCUGGGGGUCCUGUUUCUCUCAUCAUUUAUGCUGGUUAUGAUCUGCAUCUUGAUCAACUUGUUCCAGGCAGUGAUUUUGUCUUCCUAUGAGGAAAUGAAGCAGCCUGUGUAUGAGGAGCCAUCUGAGGAAGCAGAAGCCAUGGCCUAUCUGUAUCACAAGCUAAGAACCGUGCUUUCCUCUGUGUGUUUCCAUUCAGAGACCAGAGAAGAACCCGAGUUCUUUGUGGACAUGGUGUAUGGGCAGCCAGAAAAGAAUAAUCACCGGUUUCUUGGUCUGAAGACAAGAAACAUCAAUGGGAAAAAAAGGGUUUAUCUUGUGAUUUGAUCAGUGUCAGCUGUGUGUGUAGUAAAGAGGAGUUUUCCUUGAUUGUACAGUGGAUUAAGUCAUGUUUCGUGGUUCAGUGCUGCUUUUUCCUCAUGCCCUUCAUAAAGCACAGUCCGUUCAAUUAUCUUCUCCUAAUUUCAAGCCUCCUCACCUUAAAUGUUGAGGGAUGGUUUUAGAUGGUAUGUAGUAUAUGUCAUUAAAAGGUGAAACACUGCCAGUGCUGGAUAAAACAGUUCUUGGCUAUUAUUAGCAGGAGGUCUUAGUUAGGUAUCCUAAUGACAACAUGGUUUAUGUUGGGGAGAAACAUGGAUUAGCAGCUGUGAACUUUUCAUCCAAAAGAAGCAGGUUCAUGUAUAUAGAUGUCAUGUUCAGCUUUGUCUUAAUAAAAUGUGAGUUCUUUGCAUAGA